GGACGCCCCCGCACACGCAGACGCACAGAGCUCGGCGCGGCCCCCGUCGCACACACGCGCGCGCAGACACAUACAGGGACACACGCAGACACACGCACCCUCGCGCGCGCUCAGCCUCCCGGCACCCUCCUGCCCACCGGCUCGCCCGCCCGCCGGCGCCUGGAGCCCGCUCUGGCCGGAGAGAGACAGAACCGAACUGCUGAUGACUGCACAGGAGGAGCCCUGGACAUGUGCUGCAGUGAGAGGCUGCCAGGUCUUCCCCAGCCGGUAGUGAUGGAGGCCCUGGACAAGGUUGAAGGGCUCCCCGACACGCAGAGAGAGAUGCCACCGCCCCCAGCGCCCUCGCCGCCCUCAGAGCCUGCUCAGAAACCGCCACCUCAAGGCGCUGGGAGCCACUCCCUCACCAUCAGGAGCAGCCUGUGCCUGUUCGCUGCCUUGCAGUUGCUGCUUGCCUGUGGGGUGCUCUGGUUCAGCGGCUAUGGCCACAUUUGGUUGCAGAAUGCCACAGACCUCCUCUGCACCUCGCUUACACUCCUGACACAGCUGGGACCCACGGCCUGGCUGGGCUCCGGGACCUGGGGCUUCCCCAGUCUGUUGCUGGUCUCCCUGUCUGUGGGCCUGGUCCUCGUUACCACCUUGGUGUGGCACAUCCUGAAGGCCCCCCCAGAGGCACCGACCCCACUGCCUCCGGAGGACAGGCGCCAGUCUGUGAGCCGCCAGCCUUCCUUCACCUACUCGGAGUGGAUGGAGGACAAGGUGGAGGAUGACUUCCUGGACCUGGACCCCGUGCCUGAGACACCCGUAUUUGACUGCACAAUGGACAUCAAGCCUGAGGCCGACCCCGCCUCGCUGACCGUCAAGUCCAUGGGUCUGCAGGAGAGGCGGGGCUCCAAUGUCUCCCUGACCCUGGACAUGUGCACCCCUGGCUGCAAUGAGGAGGGCUUUGGCUAUCUGGUAUCCCCUCGUGAGGAGCUGGCCCACGAGUACCUGCUCAGUGCCUCCCGGGUUCUGCGAGCUGAAGAACUGCACGAAAAGGCCCUGGAUCCUUUCCUGCUACAAGCCGAGUUCUUUGAAAUUCCCAUGAACUUCGUGGAUCCAAAAGAGUACGACAUCCCCGGGCUGGUGCGGAAGAACAGAUACAAAACCAUCCUUCCCAAUCCCCACAGCAGAGUGUGUCUGACCUCGCCAGACCCUGAAGACCCUCUGAGUAGCUACAUCAAUGCCAACUAUAUCCGGGGCUACCGUGGGGAGGAGAAGGUGUACAUCGCCACGCAGGGGCCCAUCGUCAGCACGGUGGCCGACUUCUGGCGCAUGGUGUGGCAGGAGCACGCGCCCAUCAUCGUCAUGAUCACCAACAUCGAGGAGAUGAACGAGAAGUGUACCGAGUACUGGCCAGAGGAGCAGGUGGUGUAUGACGGCAUGGAGAUCACCAUUCGGAAGGUCAUUCACACUGAGGAUUACCGGCUGCGGCUCAUCUCCCUCCGGAGCGGAACUGAAGAACGAGGCCUGAAGCACUACUGGUUCACAUCCUGGCCUGACCAGAAGACCCCAGACCGGGCACCCCCACUCCUCCAUCUGGUGCAGGAGGUGGAGGAGGCGGCGCAGCAGGAGGGGCCCCACUGUGCCCCCAUCAUCGUGCACUGCAGUGCGGGGAUCGGGAGGACUGGCUGCUUCAUUGCCACCAGCAUCUGCUGCCAGCAGCUGCGGCACGAGGGUGUAGUGGACAUCCUGAAGACCACGUGCCAGCUCCGACAGGACAGGGGUGGCAUGAUCCAGACAUGUGAGCAGUACCAGUUUGUGCACCACGUCAUGAGCCUCUAUGAGAAGCAGCUGUCCCGCCAGUCCCCAGAGUGACCAUGCGCCUCCUCCCAGGUCCUCGGGGCCCUGCCCAACAGCCAGGGACCUUGCCGUGGGACCUGGGCUGCUCCUACCCAGCCCCUCUCUCCUCCCCUCAGUGUGUUCCUUCCUCCCUUGAGCAGCCUGGCCUGGCCCCACCCCUGGCAGAGCUCUUCCUACUGUACAUACGGCGAGUGAGGGAGGACAGGGAGGAACUCGCCAGGCCAGGCCUGGGGCCCCGGGGCCUGACCCAUACCGUGCAGCCAGGGGACCCCAGUUUUAACGAUGGUUCCAUUGCUACUUGAUCCAAAAUAUUCCUGUGCUGCACUCUUGAGUGUCCUGCCACAGCGUGUUCUGUCUGUCCAUCCAUCUCUGCUGUCUGUACCGGACACUGUGUCUCCUCAGCCCAGGAAAGGGGUCUGAGCUCCAGCCCCUCGGCACCCAGGCAGAGGUGCCUGCCUUGGCUCCCCCCACCCUACUUCCCCCAACAAGCAGGCUGCACUGCAAUGAGACACAGGAUGUAGAGGGUGGGACUGCAGAGGACCUGGAGGCCAGGCAUGGGGAGCUCCCAACUGGGAACAGUCUCUGGGUUGGGGUGGGCAUCACAGACCAGGUGCCUUGGGGUGUCAGGUGCCUGGGGGUGGCAGGGAUCAGCCUGUGAGGCCUGGGACAGGAAGGGGUCAGGUGGGGGUGGAGCCCCAAGGCUUGGGCCCUGGAAAGGGUGAGAGGGGAGCUUUGAGAGUGAGAGUGGGGCGGGGACUCCACCCCCUCCAUCUGUGUGACACAUCUUCCUGCCUCAAGGUGGGGAAGCUGCCCCAAGAGUGUCGCUUCAUGUCGCUCUGCGUGUGUUCCCGUGUCCAUGCGUGUGUUGAGAGCCCUUCAGCAGGGCGUGCAUGACUCUUUGGCAACAUGUGUUAUCUUGGAGCCACGUGUUUUUAUUGCUGACUUUAAAUAUUUACUCCAUGACAAAGACAUUUGGUGUCUUUUUAUAAUUCGCCCGUGGUCACUGAAUAGAGCAAUAAACAGAGCAUUUUGAGCAAAA